CACAAUUGCCUAACAUGACGUUUGCCCAAGUGGUUGACCAAGGGUUGAAAGGAGAGAAGCAAUGGGAAGAAAGGAAGAAGAGAGACGCCGAGGAGGCGAAAAAGAGAAAGUGGGAGAGUCAUGGCUCCCAAGGUUCCAACAAAAAGGGGAACCACGGAGGAGGAUCUUUCCGGGCACCACCGCCACCAUAUGGGGGGAACCAAGGCCCGAGUGGGCAAGGCGCGAGGUCACAAACCUCAGUGGUAGCUCGUUGCAACAAUUGCAAGAAGAACCACUCCGGUAAAUGUCGCGACCCCCCUAGAUGUUUUCAAUGCGGGGAUGCCGGGCAUUUGAAGGCACAUUGCCCACAAUUGAGUGGGGCAAGGACAUCGGGGCCGAGUAGCGGUCCGACGGGUACACGGAAUCAAACCGGAGCUUCUCAAGCGAGCCGGGGACAUGGGGGAGCGAGUACGAGCAACGCGCCAUCCGUGAAUCAAGGAAGAACUCAAGCUAGAGUUUAUGCGAUGACGGAGGCGGAUGCUCGAGCUAACCCGGACUCGGUUGCAGGUUGAGGCUAGAGCUUGCUUCCUGUGCUCGUUGAUCGAGUGAUUCCUUGGAGAGAAGACUUGCCUCCAGAUCCGCUCGUAGGGUUCCAGUUCGCAGCAGCGCCUGCUCCCGUCAUCGUCAACCCCUCCAGCCGCUGCCUCCGCACGACGCCACUCCAGCCACUGCCUCCGCACGCCGCUGCCUCCGCACGCCGCCCCUCCAGCCGCUGCCUCCGCACGCUGCCCCUCCAGCCGCUGCCUCCGCACGACGCCACUCCAGUCGUUGCCUCCGCACGCCGCCCCUCCAAGCCGCAUCCGUCGAAUGCUGCCCCUCCCAACCGCCUCCCUAAACGCCGCCCCUGCCAACCGCCUUCCCCGAAUGCCGCUUCUCCCAGAUGUAGACAUCGAAUGCCCCCCUCCUAGUAAAGUCCUUUGCCGGCUCAUAUUGGCUCAAUAGAGGUGUCAGCGGCUAAAGGAAGGGGAUGACUAAAGAUCAGCAAACAAAGCACAGAAAAGGUGUAGCAAGGAAAGUAUCAAACUAUAUUCAGUUACUUCACACUGAUACAUUAAUUAAAGAGGGUUGGGAUGAUUCGUAUGUUCCACGAACAGAUGAGGGUCUCUUGAAGUGGAAAUACCCAGAAAUGAACUCAGUUGUUUCCCUGUUUGAGUUACCGUCUCUUGGAAACAUGCAUGAUGAGAUUGAUUUCAAGUUCUUGAGAGAUUCUUGCAGAUUCACUAUGGAUAACAUUCCAAUAAGAGUGUUCACCAACAACAAAGCGAUGGGUGUGCCGUUCCUAAAUAAUCAGUUGAUGAAGGUUUACGCCAGCCUGUGGAAUGCAGAUGAUCAAGCAACGCAGGGUGGGCUGGACAAAAAAGACUGUUUAAAGGCUCUAUUUUCGGCGUCAUACAUGGACUUCAACGCCAAUGCCUGUUUCUGAUAUUGUCAGUCGUCGAGUUGCAGUUUGACACAGUCAAUCAAUGGCGUCCAGGAUUUGCAGAGUCAAGAUCUUGAUGCCAAGAGCAGAAACAAGCUCCAAUGGGUGCAACAGAAGUUCACACACAGUCUUCCUCCUAAAUGCAAGCACCAGAGGUUCUGAUGUUCAUUUCUAGUUAAGUUAGGUUUAUGAUCAGCUAGCUCGAUAUGUUCUUCUACUUGUUUAUUUAGUCUCUCAGUAUAAUUUAAUUUAAUUUGUAGAAUACUGGUAUUUCGUAUUCUUUUUUAAUGUAUUGUGGAUUAAUUUGUAGAACACUGGUAGUUCGUAUUCUUUUGAAUGUAUUGUGGAUUAAUGAAAGUGCUUUAACUUAAAAAGUCUAAGCUUUUGA